AUGUGGGUGUGGGUAGGGGUGUGCGUUGCUGUUUCUCGCUGGCUGGCUCUUCCUCAGUAAUGGCCGCAGGGCACGGCAGAGUCAUGAAGGCACUGGUGAAGGAGAGCGCCGGCCCUUCCUACGUGUACAAGGACGUGCCUGUACCCACGCCCCGCGGUGACGAGCUGCUGGUGAAGGUCGGUAAGGUGGCGCUCUGCGGUUCAGAUAUCGCCCUCUACCAGUGGAACAACGUCGCCCAGAAGAUAGCUACUGUCCCGUUUACCCCUGGCCACGAAGUGGUGGGAGAGGUGAUGGAGAUGGGGGAGGAGGUGGGGGAGGGGUUUGCUGUUGGAGACAGAGUCUGUGUCGAGAACCACUUUUUCUGUGGCCGCUGCUACCAGUGCACGCAUGGUGUGAGGCUGUUUCUCAGUUGACUUUGGUCUUUUCAUGUGAGGCAUCUUUUUGAGUUCUCCUUUCUCUCCUCCCUCUCUCCUCCCUCUCUCUUCCCCCAAGAUCUGAGGCACAUCUGUCAGAAUCUGGACCAGUUUGGCCACGGAAGAGGGACAGUGUACGGAGGGUGUUCAGAGUUCACCAUCGUUCCGUCUCGCUACGCCUACCGUCUUACAACUGACCUUGAUGAUGCCAGGGCUGCAAUCUUGGAACCCUGUGGAGUGGCUCAUCAGGCACUGGAAGAAAUAGAUCCAAAAGGAGAGACAAUCUUAAUUCAAGGAUGUGGGCCAGUGGGUCUGUUUGCUAUUGGACUGGCUAAAGUGAUGGGAGCCAAGAGAAUACUGGCAGCUGACAUUGUGGCGACAAGACUCCAGUCGGCCAUAAAAGUUGGAGCAAACGUUACCAUCGACUGUACCAAACAGUCACUCAGAGAUAUUGAGCCUUCACACGUACACCCACUGUCACAGUGAUGAGGGAGACAGAGGGAGAUGGAGUUGGCAGACUGGUGGAAGCCACUGGAGCUGCCUCCAUGGUCAACAGCUGCUUCUCUCUACUCAGGAAAGGUGGCCGAGUUGUUCUGAUUGGACUACCAAAGGAGCCCAUCCACAUAGAGCGGCCACUGGAGGACGUGAUAUUCAAGUCUCUGACACUAAAGACAGUCCACGGCCGAAAGAUAUUCCACACCUGGUCUGAGGUGGAGAGGAUCGUGCAUCAGAACAAGUUUAACAUGGAGCCACUGGUGACCCAUGACUUCCCUCUCUCCCAGUUUGAGGAGGCAUUCCGUGUCCUCAUGAGUGGUGAGGGGUGCAAGAUUCUCCUCACUCCUGGAUCUUAGGCUCUUAGCAGAACAACACAUUUGUACCGCAGCGGACAUGAUUCUAGUGCGCAUGCGCAAACAAUGUAGGCGUUGGUCCGGAGGGUGAGACGAACUCUCCACAAACAGCGGAGCGUAGUAUGAGACUGCAUUUCUCAAUAUCGCAGAGAUCGUGGGUUGCUACACUGCUGAGGGGUCACGUGAGAAGGAUGGCUCAGUCCUCCUCACAGUGCCAGCAGUUGCCACUGACGAUGGAGGACGUGAGAGAGGCGGAGGAGAGGAUCAAAAGCCAUAUCCACAAAACUCCCGUCUUGACUAGCUCUAAACUGGACUCUCUCUCUGGCCAUCGUCUGUUCUUCAAAUGUGAACUCUUCCAGAAGACAGGCUCUUUCAAGAUUAGAGGGGCAACUAAUAUGAUCAGGAAGAGGUUCCCGCCCGGCUCCGACCUGACUGGGGCGGCUGUCGUCACACACAGCAGCGGGAACCACGCCCAGGCGUUGGCUCUCGCCGCCCGGCAACGGGGAGUCUCCGCCCACAUCGUUAUGCCCGAGGGUGCCCCUGAAAUGAAGGCAGCUGCUGUGAGGGAGUAUGGAGGAACUAUCAUCUUCUGUGAGAACACUGAGCAGGCGAGGGUGAGGACAUGUGAGGAGGUGAUGGAGAGACUAGGACCAUCGGCUGUGCUAGUUCCAUCUUCCAACCACCCCGACAUCAUGGCAGGCCAGGGAACCAUUGCUACCGAGUUCCUCGCUCAGGUCCCAGAUCUGGAUGUGAUAGUGGGGAGUGUCAGUGUUGGCGGAAUGCUGGCUGGCAUCAGUGUGGCUGCCAAGAGCAUCAGGCCUGUCAUAAAGGUGGUAGCCGCUGAGCCGAAGAAUGCCGACGAUAUUGCUCGAUCUUUUGCAGCCGGGAGAAGGAUUGUCAAUGAGUCUCCUCCAACCACUGUGGCCGAUGCUCUCAGGAUGAGUGUGGGAGACAUUGUGUGGCCAGUGCUGCUGACCAAUCUGACCGGAGUCGUCACUGUCUCAGAACACGAAAUCAUCUCAACCAACAAGUUGGUGUGGGAGAGAUUGAAACUAGUGAUAGAGCCCUCAGCAGCCGUUGCCGUGGCAGCGGUGCUGAGUCCACAGUUUGGAGAGGUUGUGGGGUCACUGGGGCAACUGAAAGUGGGUGUGGUCUUGUGUGGUGGGAACAUGAACCUGGACCACCUCCCCUGGAUGACAUCAUAGCAACUAAAUAAAGACCACCCCACCUGGAUUACUAAAUAUAGACACACCUGAUGUCAUCAUUGUAAUCACGUCUAUUUUUAUACAAUCAACUUUUGACGAUGCAAUUGUUAUAGCCUGCGUCAUUAUUCCACAGUAAUUGAGAAAAAUAAAUCUCCACCCUUUUGGAAAGACAGGGAGGGGGGAAUGCAAUAA